AUGGGUCGCACCAAAGAAGAUGCCUCGAUUGGCAUCAUUGGCAUGGGCGAUAUGGGCAAAAUGUAUGCCCAGCGCCUGAGCGAUGCGGGAUGGAGUGUAGAGGCUGGAGCCAUCGACAAAGUCGUGGCGCAGUACGGAUUAUCAACCAAGGUCGGUGCCAUCGUCGGUGGCCAAACGUCCUGCAAGGCUCCGGAGCUCGCCGCAUUCGAAAAGCACCUGCCGUCCGACGUAGAGAUCGUAUCUUGCCAUUCGCUACAUGGCCCUAAAGUGAAUCCGCAAGGUCAGCCUCUGGUCCUCAUUCAACACAGAGCCUCGGACGAAAGCCUCAAAUUCGUUGAAAGCAUCCUCUCCUCAUUCGGCUCCAAACAUGUCUAUCUCACCGGCGAGAUGCACGACCGCAUCACAGCGGAUACACAGGCUGUCACCCAUGCUGCUUUCCUGAGCAUGGGAACCGCUUGGCAGGCCAACAAUCAGUUCCCCUGGGAGCAUGGACGAUGGGUGGGCGGUAUCGAGAAUGUCAAGAUCAAUAUCACCUUGCGCAUCUACUCGAACAAAUGGCACGUCUAUGCCGGGCUCGCCAUCCUCAACCCAGCGGCGAAGCAGCAGAUUCGCCAGUAUGCUGAGUCGGUGACUGACUUGUACAAACUGAUGAUUGGAGGGCACAGGGAUGAACUUAAGCGUCGAGUGAAGGCUGCAGGUGCCUCGGUUUUCAGACCUGGCUCCGAAGGACAAGAUCUGUUGUUGAAGGACGAGGUACUGGAUCGGUUCUCUCUGUCUAAUCGGCCGCGCGAAAAGGCGCCGCCGAAUAGCCAUCUCAGUCUGCUUGCGAUUGUUGAUUGCUGGUCGAAACUCGGCAUUGUCCCUUAUGAUCAUAUGAUCUGUUCCACGCCGCUUUUCCGUCUUUGGUUGGGUGUGACCGAAUACUUGUUCCGCAACCAAGAUCUCCUUGAUGAGGCACUGGAUACCGCAAUCGAUGACAACACCUUCCGCUCGGAUGAUUUGGAGUUCACGUUUGCUGCAAGGGCAUGGUCUGACUGUGUUUCUUUCGGUGACUUUGAGUCCUACCGUCACCGGUUUGAGCGGAUUGCGGAGUACUUCGCACCGCGUUUCCCUGAAGCUGCCACGCUUGGCAAUGAGAUGAUGAAAACCAUCCUGGAGAAGACCACCUCCAAUAACUAA